CUCUUUGUUCUUAUUUCGCGUUGCCAGUUGCCACACCACCUUAUGCAUUUUAUUUUCUGUGUCUCUCCCCCCCACCCCUCCGUCUCUUCUCUCUCUCGUUGUUGGCGGCAUUUGAUAAACCCUAGUUUCCUAUCUGCGGCUUGAGCUUCUUCCGUGAAUCGUAUGUGACUUCGAGCUGCAAGGCACAAUUUUUUUGAGGAACUCUUGAGUUACUCAUCCGAUAUUGUAAUCUGAAGUUUUUCCUUGGGUGGCAUGGUGAUAUUGCAUACAGUGUGUUGGAAGCCACCAAUUGAUAGGAUGUUGGCAUGUGUGAUCUUAUGACGAGGCAUUUGAUUCCUUGUGGAUUCUUCAGCUGCUUGUACUGACAAGGCGAAUUCCCAAUCUCUCUUCUCCAACCAAGAAAAAGUUCUUUCAGAAAAUGGAUCGCUGUGAUACCUCAGGGUUUGUAAGUGGGGGUGGGAUGUACUCUUUCAGAAAACACUAGCUUAGUUUUUUUCCCCCUUUUUUUCUUCUUUUAUUCUUCUUUUUUUCCUAGCCCUGGAAGUCAGGCAGGCAGCUUUUUUCCUUUCAAUAUUUUCACGACGACGUUUGGUCUGGAUAAGGGAAUUGUGGUUUCAGCUGGUACCAUACUACCAUAUGGAUGCAAGGUUUCAGCAUUUGGGUUUCACUGUUAACUCUUCCUCAAAUGCAUUUGAGAAUCUAAGCAAAGUGAAUAAAGUUAGAAGAGUUGGAGUUGAUUAUUGUGCUGACACUGUCUUGCGGCUCGAUUCACCUGGUGUAUCUGCCCAUUCCUUUGCCUCCUCAAAGGGAACCAAGAGGAAAUGGAGUGCAAUUGAUGGAUCUGUUGGUUUUGAGGAUGGUUCUUCGUUGGUUCUUGGGCUAGGGCAUUCACCAAGUUCUUCUGAUAGCAAGGGAAGUUCAGCAACUGCUUGCACAACCAUGUCUUCGCCAAAAGAAAAUGAGGAGGAGUCAUUGAUGGAUAUUGGCCUAGAUUUUGAUCUCCAUCUUGGUAAUGAGAAAGCACGGAGCCCAAAGAAACCUUCUGGUGCUAUUCUGAAGCCGCUGGAAGUAAGACCGAAAUUUGACCUUGAAUUAAGUCUUUCAACUGGGCCUGCUGAAUCUGAUGUCACCAGUGUCACUCCUGGCUCCACCCCAUCUCAAAACUUUGAGAUGCAAUUGAUUGCUGGCACAGGGCCGCUUGUGGAUGAAGGAUCUACAUCAUCUCGGUGGAAACUAGGGAAUGCCAUUCUUCCAUUGCAUCCUGUGCGUGGUGAAGAGACUAGCUUGCCUCCAAACAAGUUGCCCAAGCCCGACAGAACAGAUCCAGUUCCUAUCAUUCCAGACCUUUCAACGACGAUGGUAACCACUACAAAAAGCUCAGUCACCUGUACUUCCGGGGUUACUCAUAACCAACAGCAACGCAAUAGCAGCACAAAAACCUGUCAGUUCAUGGGUUGUGGAAAGGGAGCCAGAGGUGCUUCUGGCCUUUGUAUCGCCCAUGGUGGUGGCCGGAGGUGUCAGAAAGAUGGCUGCCACAAGGGAGCUGAGGGCAGGACUGUUUACUGCAAGGCCCACGGUGGUGGUCGUCGUUGCCAACAUCUUGGGUGCACAAAGAGUGCUGAAGGGCGCACGGAUUAUUGUAUUGCCCAUGGUGGUGGAAGACGGUGCAGUCACGAGGGCUGCACCCGAGCGGCAAGAGGGAAGUCUGGUUUGUGCAUCCGACAUGGUGGUGGCAAGCGGUGCCAGAAGGAUAAUUGCACAAAGAGUGCAGAAGGCUUCUCUGGCCUCUGCAUAUCCCAUGGAGGUGGACGUAGGUGCCAAUUUCCAACGUGCUCGAAAGGUGCUCAAGGGAGCACAAUGUUCUGCAAGGCUCAUGGUGGCGGCAAGAGGUGCACAGCUUUAGGAUGUACGAAAGGUGCAGAAGGGAGCACACCCUACUGCAAGGGCCAUGGUGGAGGGAAAAGGUGUUCAUUCCAAGGAGGUGGAGUCUGUCCAAAAAGUGUGCAUGGAGGUACCCUUUUCUGUGUUGCUCACGGGGGUGGCAAGAGAUGUGCUGUGCCAGAGUGUACCAAGAGUGCCAGGGGGCGGACGGAUUACUGUGUCCGUCAUGGCGGGGGCAAAAGAUGCAAAUUUGAUGGAUGUGGGAAGAGUGCUCAAGGCAGCACUGACUUCUGCAAGGCACAUGGUGGAGGGAAGCGAUGCUUAUGGGGCCAACCAAACUCUGAAUUUGCCAGCCAAGAUGCUCCUUGUGACCGGUUUGCUCGGGGAAAGACUGGCCUCUGUGCUGCCCAUAGUGCCCUAGUGCAGGACAGGCGGGUACAUGGGGGUGGAACAAUUGCACUUACUGCUCAAGAACAAAAACCUUGCAAGCCGGCGAAAUUGAAAGAAGUUGUAACUGAAGAUAUGCAUGUUGAUGUCAUGAAGAUGAACAGUGGGAACUUUGCAGGCUGGAGUGGUUUUGAUUCAAAUGGGUAUGGGCAUCCAACAAUAGCUGUGCAGUUGACACCACAGCUUCAUUUUCCUCCAGGGAAAUCAGGGCUGCCAACUGGUCCAGCUACGCUGCCGGAAGGUAGGGUUCAUGGCGGAAUUCUGAUGGCAAUGCUAGCAAGUGGUGCAGGUUUGACUUCUAACCAAGCUGUUGGUGGCCCAUCUGAGCCGGGAACUUCUAAUAAGGUUCCUGACUGGAUGAAGUGAAUUGAGAAUGGAACCUGAUAGGUUUCAUCGACUGGCUGUCCUUAUUUUUUAUUUGGUUUCGACAGGUUCUGUGCUUGUUUGGGUUCUAUACUUCAUUUAGUUUAGCGAGUUGGUGGGUGUCUACAAAUGAGAAAAGAAAUAAUGGUUUUCUCAUUCAUUGAUUUCUGAGGUAGUGUGGUUAGAAGUGAUUCGUCUUCCACCCUUGUGAUACAAUAAGGGGUACUUAAGGUUAGGUUUUCUCCUGUAAAUAUAUAUAUAUAAUGUAAUGUGCAGGUUCAUGUGAUUAUGUAGUAUUUAGCUUCAAAACUUGUAUCCUUUAUGGAAGGGCUUUCUUGUCAA